CCAUCCCUAAUAAAUACUGCUACAGAGAAAUUAGCCGAAUUGACCGAGCAUGACUAAAAUGAAUAUGUAAAGUCCUCGCCCAGUUACACAAGAGACACUACGGACUUUAUCCAGAAACUAAAAGAAGUCAAAGAACCACUGCCGAAAAAAAAAGUCUACUAUUUUGCUUUGACGUCAGGAAACUGUAUCCAUCCAUACCCAAAAAAGAAGGAUUAGAGGCUUGCAGGGAAGCAUUGAACGCGCGCUCCAACCCACUAGUCACUUCCACAGAUGAUAUGAUUGACGUAAUCACGAGAGUUUUAGAAAACAACAAUUUCAGCCCAAAUGAAAACAAACACGUACUAACAGUCGGAGUGGCGAUCGGCUCAAGACUGGGGACAAAUUUCGCGUGUAGCUAGAUGCUCUAGUGGGACGAAGAACUAAUGACAGCUAAUAAAGUACCGACAUUUUAUAAGUGGUUUAUAUAUGACUGUUUUUGAAUAUGGUUAGGUUCCGCUCGCACGUGUGCUUGAGGCUUUCACCACGCAUGCGAAUACCAUACACGAGAAUAUUUUAUUCGACCUUAGGUAUAGUCCGCAUAAUAUCGUCUUCCAAGAUACAACCGCACGGAUGCGAAAUGGUCAUAUCUACACAGAUAUGUAUGUUAAGCCCACGGACAAACAGCUCUUCAUACGUAAAGACUCGUGAUUCCCCCCUAGUAAUAAAAGAUCGUUAGCAUAUGGACUCGGAUUGCGAUUACGAAGAAUAUGUGAACAGGAAGAUUACAAGAAGCAUAGAAAUGACCUGAAAUUGCAGUUAAGAAAACGCGGGUAUAGCGGGAAAUUCGUAGAAGGCCAGUUGCAGAAUGUAGAUUCACUGUCGCGCACAGAUUUACUAAAAAAUCAAAGAAACAAAGCUAAAAUGACAGAGUUCCUCUUAUGGUCAAGUUUUCCUGUCUUCUUCCCAACGUAAACAACCUCUCCAAGCCAUCAAUGGCGUUAUCAGCAUUCCUUUAUGCUGCCCUGCUUUUAACAUGUCUCAUCCCCAGAGCUCUGACCUUCACACCUCCCCAUAUUGUCCUAAUUGUGGCUGAUGAUCUGGGGUGGAACGACGUAGGUUUCCAUGGCUCUGAGAUCAAGACUCCUAACAUCGACAAGCUGGCCUAUGAAGGUGUUAUCCUCAACAACUACUAUGUCUCCCCAAUAUGCACACCCACUAGAGGCUGUCUGAUGACAGGACGAUAUCCAAUACACUUAGGUCUGCAACACUAUGUGAUCUCAGCUCCCGAGCCCUGGGGACUGCCUCUCAAUCACACCACCAUGGCCGGGCACCUGAAACACCUGGGAUACGCCACCCACAUUGUCGGCAAGUGGCACCUGGGUUUUUUCAAGACUGAGUACCUGCCCACGAGACGUGGCUUUGACUCCCACGUGGGAUACUGGAGCGGCAAGGAGGACUACUACACCCACAUGGACCAGGAUGUGAGCAUGGGGUACUGGGGUUUGGAUUUCCGGCGUGACAUGGCCGUUGUCAAUGAGACGUUCUACUCCACAGAGCAGUAUACAAAAGAAGCACUGAAAAUACUUGAGCACCAUAAUAAAUCCCAGCCCCUAUUCCUAUACCUGGCCCAUCAGGCGGUGCAUGCUGGGAAUGGCAACGCCCCCCUGCAGGCUCCCCAGCGCUAUGUCGACCGCUUUCCUUACAUACUAGAUCACAAGAGGAGAAUAUUUGCAGGCAUGACAGCUGCCCUUGACGACUCUGUGGGGACUGUGGUGAGUGCGCUACAUGACCUCGAUAUGAUUGACAACACCAUCAUUGUAUUCACAACAGACAAUGGUGGCCCAGCCAAUAACUAUGACGGAAAUGCUGCCUGCAACUACCCCCUUAGGGGCACCAAGAAUACACUGUGGGAGGGAGGCGUCCAUGGGGUGGGGUUCGUCCACAGUCGUCUGCUCAAUGUGAACCACACCCAGACCCACAAUCUGGUCCACGUGUCUGAUUGGCUGCCCACCCUGUACGGGGCUGCCGGAGGUGAUGUGGCUGAUCUGGGCAACAUAGAUGGCGUCAAUUUGUGGGACAUGCUGAAAAACAGUGGGCCCAAUGUCCGGUCAGAGGUACUGCAUAACAUUGAUCCACGGAGCAACUUCUCUGCCAUCAGCGUUGAUGAUUAUAAACUGAUACAGGGCGACAUAUCUGGCGGCAGGAAUGAUGGCUGGUAUCCGUGCAAUCCACCAAGCGAAAAUCAAAACUUUUGGAAACCAAAUGCUCAAAACUUUCAUAAUAGUGAUGAAUCCUUGGCUGAAAUUCCAGCUGAGACAAGAAAGACUAGAGCUCAUAACAGACACACGCCCUAUGUGAUAGACUGUGGACCUGCGUCUACUGACCCCACCGCAGUCUGUGACCCCUCCACCGCCCCUUGUCUGUUCCACAUACCCUCAGACCCAUGUGAGUUCAACAACAUUGCACAGAGCAACCCAGGUAUUGUACGGGUCCUACAGAAGGCCCUGUCAGUCUACGCAGCUACGGCGGUGGAGCCGGUCAACCGGCCGCCGGACAAGAAUGCUAACCCCACGUUGCAUGGCGGAGUCUGGGGGCCUUGGCAAUGAGAUUGAUAAUUUACUCUGUCUUUUUUUUUGACAUAAACGGAUGAAAUAAAAUUAAAUCUUUUGUUAUGUCCAUACCAUACAAUUUAUUUUUUAUCAUUUUUGACAGUUUUUCGUUUGUUGUUUCCGAAAUAUAAAAUAUUUUUUUAGUUGUUGUUUACAUUUUGUAUUGUAAUUUUUAUAAAACUUAUGUAAUGAUAUUUGUUUUUGUAAUCCUGCUAGUCAAUUUAUUACCUGAAAUUAAACAUUGUUUUAAAUCUUUCUCAAAUGACAAUCGUAUAUAUAUUAUUAAUUACUUUAUACCUUUCUAUUAUUAAUCGCAAUAAUCUCAUUAUUGCUUUAAAUUUCAAUUACAUUAUUUUAAUAUGGGCUGUUUUCAUAGAAAUUAUACUAAGGUGAGCAAACAGUUCCAUUAUUACCCUCUUGUUUGUGUUAUUAUUUUUUUCCAAGUAAGAAAACUUAGUAUUGUAUUUUGUAUCAAACUGUCAGGAAUUUAUAUUUUAAUGUUUUUUUUAGCAUAUCAUGAUAUUGUGAGGACGUUUGCAUAAAAUAAAUAUCUCAUAUUUU